UGAAAAAAAAGAUAAAUAUUUAUGUAUAAAUAUUAAUAUUUAAACAUCAAAUAGUAAUAAACAAACUUUUACUUCUGGCCAGAUAAAUUGCAAGAGUCAGAAACAUUACAAGAAACAAAUAUUUAACAAAUAUCUUUGCAGCAGACAAAUCGUGAGAGUGUGUGAGUGUGUGCAACUGCAACAAUGAAUAAACUUGAUGCAACAUUAGAUGAUGUGCAAAAUACGCGUUUCAGCAACAUUUACCAUGAUUUGAUCAAACAAAUGUCAAAGCAAACUCAAUUCACCGUAAUGGAAGUGCAAAGCAUACUCUUGGUUUAUCACAAGUUUGUCUUGGCCAACGGGCCCAAGGCCAAAGCGAUGACCAAAAAACAAUUCAAUAAUUUAUUCUUGGUUUUGUUUAAAGUUUACGAUUUGCAAAUAAUCGAAAGGAUUUUAAUGCUCAUAACGUCGGACUUGAAAAAGGAGGUGGAUCCCAUAGCCUGGGUGAAAUUAUUUUCAGUGUUUAUGUCCAAUAAAUUGGAGCAGAAAAUGAAGUUUACCUAUCAGAUUUAUAAUGUGGGUGCCACGGGUUCUUUGACACGCGAGAAUGUUACUUUGGCUGUGGAGAAAUUUUUCACAGGGGACGAUGAAGAUGAGGUCAAUGAAUUGAGAUCGGACAUGGUUGAAUUAUUGUUUCGCAAAUUCGAUGUCGACAAAGAUGGUUUGAUUUCUUAUGAUGAUUAUGCCGCCGUUGUUACCAAACAACCCAUGUUGCUGGAGUUUUUAGGUCAAUGCUUUCCAAAUGUUGAUGGCAUGACUGUCAUUGCUUAUUGUGCCAAUAUUUUAUCGAAAAUCUCAUUUCCCAAAUCGAAUAUUGAGGAGUGAAUUUUAUGAAUGAAUGAAUAAAUGAU